GUAACGGGCCGGGGCCGGGCGGGGGGCGCUGCGCGGGGCCGCUCCGCUGCCCGCGGCCCCCCGCGCCCCCAUGGACCCCGACGUGGACUACGAGCGCCCCAACGUCGAGACCAUCAAGUGCGUGGUGGUGGGCGACAACGCCGUGGGCAAGACGCGGCUGAUCUGCGCCCGCGCCUGCAACGCCACGCUGAGCCAGUACCGGCUGCUGGCCACACACGUGCCCACCGUGUGGGCCAUCGACCAGUACCGCGUGUGCCAGGAGGUGCUGGAGCGCUCCCGGGAUGUGGUGGACGAGGUCAGCGUCUCCCUGCGCCUCUGGGACACCUUUGGGGACCACCAUAAAGACCGGCGCUUCGCCUACGGCAGGUCGGACGUGGUGGUGCUCUGCUUCUCGCUGGCGAACCCCAACUCGCUGCGGCACGUGAAGACCAUGUGGUACCCCGAGAUCAAGCACUUCUGCCCGCGCACGCCCAUCGUGCUGGUGGGCUGCCAGCUGGACCUGCGCUACGCCGACCUGGACGCCGUCAACCGCGCGCGGCGCCCGCUGGCCAAGCCCAUCAAGCCCUCGGACAUCCUGCCGCCGGAGCGGGGCCACGAGGUGGCCCAGGAGCUGGGGGUGCCCUACUACGAGACCAGCGUGGUGGCCCAGUUCGGGGUCAAGGACGUCUUCGACAACGCCAUCCGCGCCGCGCUCGUGUCCCGCCGCCACCUGCAGUUCUGGAAGUCCCACCUGCGCAAGAUGCAGCGCCCGCUGCUGCAGGCACCCUUCCUGCCCCCCAAGCCCCCCCCGCCCCUCAUCCAGGUGCCCGAAGCCCCCCCCGGCCUGGGGGGCGGCCCGGCCGCGCUGUUCCAGGCCCCGCUCUGCGCCGACGUCGUCUUCCAGCUGCAGGGCGGCCACCGCGUCUUCGCCCACCGCGUCUUCCUGGCCACCGCCUGCUCGCGCUUCUACGACCUCUUCACGCUGGAGGCGCCGCCCGAGACCCCCGCCGAGGGGGACUUGGGGACCCGUGACCUGUCGUCGUGGGGCCGCGGCUUCCUGAGCCUGCGCUGGGAGCCGGUGGCCGACCCGGUGGCGGGGCGGGAGCGGCGCAUGGCGGUGGUGGCCAUGGACCGGGGCGUGCGGCCGGAGCCGCUGCGCGCCGUGCUGGAAUAUUUGUACACCGGGAGGCUGGAGCGGCCCCACGGCGACCUGCGGCAGGUGGGCGCCGUGGCCGAGCUGCUGGAGGUGUUCGACCUGCGCAUGAUGGUGGCCAACGAGCUCAACCAGGAGAGCUUCAUGAACCAGGAGAUCACCAAGGCCUUCCACGUGCGCCGCGCCAACCGCGUCAAGGAGUGCCUGGCCAAGGGCGUCUUCGCAGACGUGGUGUUCCGCGUGGAUGACGGCGCGGUGCCGGCGCACAAGCCGCUGCUCAUCGCCGGCUGCGACUGGAUGAGGGCCAUGUUCCGGGGGGGCUUCCGCGAGAGCUACGCCGGCGAGGUGUCCCUGCCCGGCACCAACUGUGCCUGCCUCCGCGCCGUCCUCGACUUCCUCUACACGGGGGUCUUCACCCCCACGCCCGACCUGGACGCCAUGGAGCUGCUGAUCCUCACGGACCGGCUGUGCCUGCCGCGGCUGCAGGCGCUCACGGAGCAAUAUGCCGUGGACGAGCUGCUCCGAGCCUUCAUGCAGCGCGUGGAGAUCGACGAGCAGGUCAUCAUCUACCUGGAGAUGACGCAGUUCCACAACGCCCGGCAGCUGGCGGCCUGGUGCCUGCACUACAUCUGCACCAACUACAACCGCGUGUGCCGCCGCUUCCCCCGCGAGAUGAAAUUCAUGUCCGCAGAGAACCAGGCGCACUUCGAGCGGCACCGCUGGCCGCCGGUGUGGUACCUGAAGGAGGAGGAUCUGUACCUGCGCUCCAAGAAGGAGCGGGAGCGCGAGGAGCAGCUGCAGCGCAAGCAGCACCCCCGCAGCAAGUGGUGCUUCUGGAGACCCUCACCCCCCGUGUCCUGAGCGCGGGGGGCGAGGGGAGGGGACCCCCGAGUGGGGCUGGGGGCUAGGGAGGGCUGGGAGCCCCUGUGCUGAGUAAGGGGGUUCGGCCCCGGGGUCCCCGUGGAGGGUGAGGGGGCUCAGCUGGGCUGGGGGUCCCUGUGGUGAGUGGGGGGCUCGGGGCUGGGGGGGCUUUGUUGGGCUGGGGGUCCCUGUGUUGGGAUGGGGGCUCAGGCCCUGGGACCCCCACACUUGACUUGGGGAGCUCAGCUGGGCUGGGGGUCCCUGUGCUGGGCUAGGGGUCUCUAUGCUGGGCUGGGGGCUCAGGUCCCGGGACCCCCACACUUGACUUGGGGAGCUCAGCUGGGCUGGGGGUCCCUGUGUGGAGUGAAGGGCUUGAGCCUGGGGCUUUUAUAAAGGGCUGGGGGGCUCAGCUGGGCUGGGGGUCCCCGUGUUGGGUGGGGGCUUGGGCCCAGGGCUCCCAUGCAGGGCUGGGGGUCGCUGUGCUGGGCUGAGGGGCUCAGGACCCCCACCCUCGGCUCCAGGGAUCCCACACUGAACAAGGGCUUGGCCCCAGGACCCCCACCCUGAGCUGUGGCUCUCAGCCCUGGGACCCCCCCCACCACUGAGCCAGGGGCUUGGCCGGGGCGGGGGUCCCCCAAGGGCUUGUUUACCCCCCUCCCCCGGCUGUUUACAGGCUCUGCCGGGUGGCAGCCCCCGCUCCCACCGUGCCUUCCCCGGCAGGGGGGCCGUGCUGAGCCCCCUCCCCCGGCAGGGCCCCCCGCCCCGGCCAGCGCUGGUGCUACCUCUGACCGAGCAGUAUUUGGGGCUGGGGGCGAGCGGGGGCUCUGCCGCUCCCCCUGUCUCUUCUGGGGGUCCCCACCCCCGUAGGGCUCUCUCUGGUGCUGUAUUUUCUCCCCCCCGUGGGGCGGGGGGGGCCAAGCUGUGAGCAGGGCGGGGUGGGUGGGCGCGGGGAGGGGUCCCCGGGUGCUUGUGUGGCUGCCAGAGCCCCCGGCUCAUCUCUGUGCCUUGGAGGGGCCCCCGGCCCCGGCUGUGUCCGGGGGGAUCAUUGUCCCCGUCCGGGGCCGUGGCAUGUCGCUGUCCCCGGGGGGGAUCAUUGUGCCCGUCCCCGGGCUGUGUCCCCUCCCCGGGGUGAGGGGGGGGAGCACCGUCCCCGCCCCCGGGCUGAACUGCACAACCGUUUUUACACUUUUUUACCCCAGGAGCACAGCGGCCCCCUCCCCGGCCUCGGGGCCCCCCCCGGCCCGGAGCGGGGCUCCCCCCACCUCAGCAGCGGCUGUUUUAACCUUUAAUAAAGCUUUUUGUAACUGA